AUGAUCUCAGGUCAUAACAGUAACAAGGCACCUUCGGUAUUGAAAGUGGUGCACAAACAUGGGCCAUGCUCCAAAUUCCACAAAUCAUCAAAAACUUCAACAACAACUAGUGAUGAAAAAUACCAUGCUCAAAUCCUCAAGCAAGACCAUGCCCGAGUCAACUCAAUCCACUCCCGCCUCAACCACAACAACAACAACAACAGAAUGAAAGACCCACUCACCCAAUCCGCUGCUACCACCCUCCCCGCCAAGUCCGGUAUCGUUAUCGGCUCACCGAAUUACAUUGUCACCGUCGGCCUUGGUACACCCGCCAAGCAACUCUCCCUCAUCUUCGACACCGGCAGCGACCUCACCUGGACCCAAUGCCAGCCAUGUGCUGGCUCUCAUCCUCCGGCAUCGAACACGACUGCUCCUCCUCCACCUCCGCCUGCCUCUACGCCGCCGGACAACGAAGGCCUAUUCAACGGAUCCGCCGGUUUGCUCGGUCUCGGCCGGAGCAGCAUCUCCUUGGUCGAGCAAACCGCCAAUAAAUACAACCGGUUAUUCUCCUACUGCCUCCCAUCGACUUCCAGCUCCACCGGUCACCUCACCUUCGGCCACGGAGGCUCCGCUAACGGCGUUCAGUUCACAAAGCUCAUCACGUCAUCCCAAAGCGAGUCGUUUUACGGCCUUGGCCUCGCCGGCAUCAAAGUCGGUGGGAGACAGCUGUCGAUUGCGCCCUCGGUCUUUUCGUCUUCGGGAACUAUCAUCGACUCGGGGACGGUGAUCACGCGGCUGCCGGCGACGGCAUACGCCUCGUUGCGGGGCGCGUUUCGGGAGGCGAUGAAGAACUACACGCUGACUAAGUCGUUCUCGUUGCUGGACACGUGUUACGAUAUCAGCGGCUUGAACACAUUUUCGUAUCCGGAGAUAGCGUUUGUGUUUGGGGACGGACUUACGGUUGACUUGGACGCUACGGGGAUAUUGUUUCUGAUAAGUCCUUCGCAGGUUUGCUUGGCGUUCGCCGGAAACAUGGAUGAUAGUGACUUUGGGAUUAUUGGGAAUGUUCAACAGAAGAGGUUGGAAGUUGUGUAUGACGUCGUUGGAGGAAAAGUCGGAUUUGGCCCUGCAGGUUGCCAUUGA